AUGGACGACGGCCCGCCGCCUCCCCCUCCUCCCCAUGGCGAGAAGCCAAAUACAACCCACGGCGAGUACCGAAAAGCAUCAGAUCUCCCGCAAGGAAACUAUGAUAUCUUCAUAAUACCUCCCCACUCAGCGGGGUCUGGGUUCCUCUAUCUCCCAUCCUUACAAUGCCAGCGAAAUAGCUUCAUUGCUGGCGCUGCCUGCGCGCUCGUGGCAGUCUACAUCUGGGUGACACUAACUCCAAUGAUAAAGCUCUGGUAUGCGACAACAGUGGCCAGUGGAGGAGGCGCCGGUAUUGCUAUUCUCGCUGUUGGCGUUGUAGGGCUCGCAGGGUGGGCGUUCGGCAAUUAUCAGGCUGGCAGCGGUGGAAUACCUCGGCCAGGGCCUGGAUUUGGGGGCAACUGGUCUGGAUCUAGUGGACCAGGCGCAUCUGGCCGGAAUGCUUCAGGUGGUAGUGGAACGAACUACUCAAGGGGAGGGAACUUUGAGGGUCAAGCUGGAGGAGCACAUCAACAGGGUAAUUACAGCGGUCACUUCGCUGGUGGGCCCCCACCAGGAAAUCAGUAUUCGGGAAAUCAGUAUAGGACUAAUAAUGAGCCGCCACCGCAGACUACCACUGGUCCUAAUGGAAACACCAACACUGCUCCUGGUCCUACCCCAGGCCCGAAGCCUGGUGGUGCUGGUACCAAGCCGGCGAGUUCUGGCCCUCAAAGCGAAAGCAAACCACAAACUGCGGAAGACUGGGAGAAGGCUCGAGAGGAAACGAGACGAAAAGAGGAUCUGAGGCGAAAGAUGGAGGAGUUUAAGCGGAAACGAGAAGCGGAAGCUCGCGAAAAGGAGAGGCAGCGGGAGAAGGAGAGAAUGGAACAGGAACUGCGUGAGCGCAGAGAACAGCUGGAGAGAGAAAUGGCGGCCGCGCGAGAAGCAGCCGCUAGAGAAGCAAAGCUACAAGCAGAGAAGGAAGCAGCGGAGCUUCGUGCGCGGCUAGAGCGCGAGGCAGCUGAAGCGAAACUUAAGGCGGAGAAAAUCGCCGCCCAGGCUCGACAAAGGGAAAUAGAGGCUCGAAUGCGCGCUGCACGAGAGGCAGCGGAGGCAAAGGCCAAGAGAGAAAAAGAGGAGGCGGAAGCAAAGGCUAAGAAGGAGAAAGAGGAGGCGGAAGCAAAAGCCAAGGCCGAGAGAGAGGCCGCAGAGAAGGAAGCGGCUGCAAAGGCAGCUGCAAAGAAAGAAGCUGACGCCAAAUUUGCGGCUCUUAAAGAAGCGGCGGCGAAGAAAUAUGCUGAGAAGAAGGCAAGGGAUGCACAGGAAGCAGCCGCAAAAGAGGCUGCGGCGACAGCCUCAAAGGUAUCCAGCGCAUCGGCACCACCACCUCGAACUCCAUUACCGAAGAAACCGACAGUUCCUCCGUCAAAGGCUAGUGCGCCUGCGAUGGAUGAAGAAGAUGCAUACUCAUUUCGACCCUACGAUAGACCUAGACGCCCAUACGGAGGAUCCGUGUACUCUGAGUCGUCCUACGCACCAUCGCAGUCAACAGCACGCACCACCCCACCUCCAUCCAACCGGAGCGCCUAUGAGACCAAGGACCCUGACAAGAUCGUCAUUAGGGGUGUGUACGCCUUCAAUCAAGCGUUCCUUCGCACUCCAGUGGCCCAGCUAGUGUCAGGUCAGAACAUGGUGACAGAUGGGCUAGUGCUGCGCAUUACGACGGAAGGCCUCUUUAUCGACGAUGACGUCCGUGGUGUCCCCCAGCGAGAAUGGGACGUCAAGGCAUGGACAAUGAAACUUGUCGAGGUAUGGUGUCCGCAAGUUGGACCUCCAAAACCGAAUGCUCCUAAAGCAAACCAGGCGUUCUUUCGCCGCAGCACCAACGAGGCACCAUCUUCGGAGGAAUCAGACGCAUACCUUUCCAACUUCCUCAAAGUCUGCAAGAACACUUGCCGGCUCGCUUCGCCCGGCUUCAGCCGAAGCAGCACAAACAACAAAGAAAGCCACCCCUAUGGCGGUCUCCAUGUUCUCCGUGCGACGAUUCGUGAUCAGGAAGGCCGCAGUCACGUCUCAUGUGAUGUCAACUGUGUUGUGUACUGCUCUCCAUCAAGAUAA